UUUAGAUCCUUGAGGAGCUGUUCAUCUACCACAUUUUGCGGAGAAAUCGCGUAGAAACUCAACGACCAAGAAUAACCUGAAAUAAAUUAAGGACGGAUGCGCACCUACGCUUUAGAGUCACUUCACUGCAUCGUCAUGUUAAGAUGACUCAGAGUUUCUUGGAAGUCUGAGUACUAAUUAGAUACCGCUGAUCAAGAUUGAAGACUUGGUCCUUGGUCUGUACUUCAUAACUCAGCUUACAUGACGUAGUUACGACACUCACCCCUUUUCAAGAUGGAGAAGUUAUCGAGAUAGGUGAUGCGGAGAAUUUCAGGUGCAAAUGUUUGGCCAAGCUUCGCUCCUUCUUAUAAAAGGAAAUGAUUACUCUCGCAAAGAAAAUUAAGGAAGAGCGGGAUAAGAAGGAAAAGGGCGAUCACGGGACAGGAAACACGAAAAGCGGGAGAACAUCUAUACGUGACAAAUUGCUAACCAAAGAAGUGACAGAACUCGAGGAAAAUGUACCGGAAUCCUGUCAAGUUGACUUUAAGGAUCCAAACAUUCUUCAUGAGUUCACUCUGACUGUAACGCCAGGAGAGGGUUAUUGGAAGGAUGGAAUUUUUAUAUUUCAUAUUUUGAUACCAGAAGAGUAUAAUAUAAAGGUGGGUUUAGAUUUACUGAAUUUUGAUGACCCACUUAAUGUAGAGGCUUCAGAAUUAUAUUUUAAGAACAAGGAAUCAUUUCGAAGACGAGUUGAAGACUAUAUCAGACUGUAUGCAUCCCCCAGAAGAUAACAUACAACACAGCCAGCAGCAUGGAAUCACCAGCUCCUGGCCGGUGUCCUUGGUCUCUCAAAUAAAUUAUUUAUCAGUAGCAAUAGUUGUAAUAGAUCAUAGAUUGAUUUUGUAAGUAUUGUAAGAGUAUGAUUAAGCCAAAGUUUAUUCUGCAUGAAGUUUAGCUCCCAGAAGAGUGAAUCUACAAUUUACUUCAUGUAUCUAGUGAGCUGUAUAAUGUUUAGUUAAUUGUAAUCUAUGGAUCACCAGUUGAUAGGUGUCCUUUUUCUUUCACUCUCUCAUCUUUAUUUAUUCCUUCUUUUCUUAAAUCUGUGACUUCUCUUAGACGUUUGUCUGUCUGUCUGUCUGUCUGUCUGUCAGUUUUUUUGUCUAUCUGUCUAUCAGUCUGUUGAGGUCUGUCUGACCAUUCAAUUCUCUUUUUAUCUGUCCAUUCAUCAGACUAUCUGCCCUUCCAUCUUUCUAUCUAUCUGUCUUUUCUGCCUUUCUGACCAUUGGUCUGUUUGACUGUCUGUCUUUGGGUGCGUCUGUCUAAUUUGUCUUUCUGUCCACUUAUCAAUUUUGGGCUCUU